CGCAUGCGCACAGUACCCCGUUGAUUCCUCGUGCGUGAUUAUCAGUGUUUGUGGUCCUGGAGCGCGCAUUGCCAUGAGCGCAGUUUAAUCCGGGGUCAUGUCUGCUCAGUGUGUGUCCUUUAAGCGAGUCUUGAAACCUCUUCAGUCAGAUUUGAGACUCUGCGCCCUGUUUUCACGGCUUCUCUGUACAGCCAGCUUGAAUGUAAACACACAGUUAGAGAGCUUUAUGAAGCUCCGGCGGUUCCUUCUACACUCCAGGCGUCACUCAUCUAAUCAAACAAUGGACGCAGUAACACGUGUAAAGAGGCUUUCUGUUGAGGGAAACAUAGCUGUUGGAAAGUCCACUUUUGCAAGGUUGCUGAGCAAUGCAGGACGAAACUGGGAAGUCACACCUGAGCCUGUCAGCAAAUGGCAAAAUGUUGAAGAGGCAACUUCACAAAUAACACAGCCAAUGCUGUCUUCCAACCUGUUGCAAAUGAUGUAUCAAGACCCCAAACGCUGGUCCUACACCUUUCAGACGUUUUCUUGUAUGAGCCGUAUGCGCACACAGCUCCAGCCACCUCCUACUCGGUUACUGGAAACAGGAGACCUUGCUGUUCAGGUGUACGAGCGUUCCGUCUACAGUGACAGGUAUGUUUUUGCUCAGAACAUGUUUCAGUUAGGCUGUAUAAACUCCACAGAGUGGGCUGUAUAUCAGGACUGGCAUUCCUUUCUUGUUGAGCAAUUUGGUCCUAAGGUACAACUAGAAGGAAUCAUAUACCUUAGGGCAUCACCACAGACCUGCAUGGAGCGGCUGAGACGCAGAGGUAGAGAAGAGGAGCAGGGAAUACAGCUGGACUACCUGGAGACACUGGAUAAGCAGCAUGAGCACUGGCUUAUAAACAAAUCUACAAAUUUUCACUGCAGGGUUCACUUUGAUCACCUGAAAAAUAUUCCAGUUCUGGUGCUGGAUGGUAAUCUGGAGUUUGAAAGUGAUUCUCAGAUUCAGACCAAGUUUCUUACAGAGGUCACUAACUUCAUACAGGAAUUAUGAAUAUCAAAGGAAAGGACCAAACAGGAAUCUGUGACCUCUGGACUUUCUGCUGUUUAUCCAUGCUGUAUACAGUUUUUUAUUGGUGUUGGAUUUUUCCAUUGCUUCACAACCUCACAUGACCAUAAGCUGUUAAUAAUGAUACAUUCAGCCAACACUGGAUCUUUCAAGAAAGCCAGACUUAAGCUUCUUCUACAUGUGUACAUGAAGAACAGAAUACACACGUGUACACAUCUUCAGUUCUGAAGACCGAAAACAUUUUUUUCCACGGACAAUCUAGAAAUGAUAUACAAAGGGUACCUAUACAGUGGAUAUUAGAAAUCUAUACAUAUGUUUUAUGGGAAAACUGUUCAAAAGUAAUUAUCAUACAACUGUGAUAAGUCAUGCUGAUUAACCACAAAUAAAGAUAAACUGUUUCUGCAG